AUGGGAGAAGCAUUAAAGUUUUUAUGCUGCAAUGAGUUUAUACUGAAAGCUUUGCAGGGAGAAACUAUUAUAGAUAAAAAAGUAUGCAUAGUGCGAUGGGGGGGUUGUGAGGAUUCUUUUGAUGAUUGGAGGACACACUCAUGGAGACUUCAACAUGAUGAUGAGCCAGAGGUUACACAAUCUAGACGUUUUGUUCAAAACCCUCGCGGGGCAGUAACCAUGGCCCAAGAUGUAGUUUUUGCAAUGCUUUCCAAAGGGUAUAUUUUGGGAAAAGAUGCAUUGAGCAAGGCCAAAGCCUUUGAUGAAAGCCAUCAGGUCAUUGCUAGUGUUGCAGCUAAGGUGGUAUCUUUGGGCCAGAAAAUAGGCAUCAAUGACAAACUUAGUGCUGGUGCACAAUGUAUCAAAUUUGUGGAAGAGAGAUAUCACGUUUCAGAGGAGACUAAAGCAAUGCUUUCGGCUACAGAGCAAACAGCUAGCAGUGCAGGGUCAGUUGCUGUAAAUAGAAAGUACUUUUCUACUGGAGCUUUGUGGUUGUCUGGAGUUCAAAUCCAAAUGUUGUUGAUGUAAAUACAUAUGUCUUCCAUACCAAGUACCCCCAAUUUUUCACUUUUCAAGAUGGUUUGGUGAUUAAGAGCAUUGAAUUUCCAUAAUCCAAUUUAGUGAAUUUUGAAGAGAAAGCUGUGUACUAAUUUUUACAUAAAUAUUUGUGAUCACAUUGCCUGACUCCAAAUGGUUUGCAUUCCUCCAACGCCUUGUAAGAACACAUUAAUAUGCAAUUUACAUACCCAAAAUCCUCUUACAUGUUUGAGACUCAAAUGGGUUUUGAUGUUGAUUCUUAUGAGUCUAAUCAACUCAUUGUUAACCUAUGCCAGAUGAAUUUUGAUAGGGUAGUUCAAUGCAUCUCAAUAUAUGUAGGGAACUUGGGAGAUAUGCCUUAUGCCAGCUUGCAAACUAGCUCCUCAAAAAUCAAAUUUCUUCUGUCUGUUUGAGUUCUAUGCUACGGACUUUUUAUCAAGAUUCUUAUUGAAUAUUCAGGCAAAGAAUAGCUUUCACUGUAUCUUCAUUUGAAAAGGUUCAAAUUUUUUUUUAAACCCCCUGCAUGCGGUGUCCUGCUUUAGAGCAAGUGGUUUCCAUUCAAUAGGACGAGUGGGCAGAAGCAGAAAUAGUUUUUCAACACCCCUGCAUCCAGUAUUCAGCUCGAGGCCAAGUGGACUUAUACCAGACGACAGACACCCCAUCUAAAACCAAGAUUAGAGUAUUAUUGGAUGAUAUAGUUUUGAGACUUCAGAGAGCCAAUUGAAACUCAACCCAAACGAGAAAAAGGGGAC